AUGCAAUCUUCUGGAAACGAGCCUGCUUGACAGAAAGUGUUAUACUUCAAGAUCUAUUGAUACAACCUGCUGGCGAGGCGGUGUCCGGCAUUCCCACAAUUGUGUUUGAUUACACCUACGCCGGUUUAUGCAGUGAUUGACCAAGCCAGAGUAAGGUACACCUAUCAUGUCGUCCAACAAAUAUCGCCUGUACGUUGCUCUCUAUGCCCGCGGAGGCAAGGCUAGAAUGCCAGGCAAGGAAGACACGUAAGAAUUACAGGCCCUACAACUUCAGCAAGACAGCUGACUCGAACAGAUAUCACUGGGCCGUACACAUCGGACCCAAGAGUCCCACCAAACAGAGGCUUGGAGUCCGCUAUCACGCCAAAGAGCGACUCACCGUGAAAGGCAAGUCCGAGUUCAUCUUCGAAGAAAGCGAGGUCUCCCCGCAGAUGCCACUUGUGCGCAUCGCUGUAGCAAAGAUCUUGGACCAAGACCGUGCAGUCGAGAUUCUCCGCAGUACAGCCACCCGCCAAAAUGCCCCAGAAUGGAACUGUGUGUCUUGGGUCCAAGAAGCUCUGGGUGCGCUGAAUGUCGAUUCGCGAGCCCUGGGCACACGGAUCCUCGACUGGGAGAGCGUGCGCGAUGCAGCGAUGGAGUAUUGCCCACGGAAGUAGGACCAGCAUCGGUUUGAUGGGAAGGGGGAUCUCGAUAUGGGUGUUGUUCCCACGUAUGACCUG